GUCUCAUUUACUGAUUGCCCGCCGCUCCUCUCUCAUCUCAAUUACAUCUCCCAUCCGUUCCUCCAUUCCAAUCACUUCUCCAGUCCUCGCCGCCGCCGCCGUUGUCUUCGUUUUCCUGGAUCCGCGCACAAUCCAGGCUGCGAAGAUUAUUACAAUCCAAAAAUCCACAUCAUUACUCAAAAAAGUAAGUCCCACUUUACUCAUUGUUUUAUGGCAUUUUUUUAAAUAAACGCUUAAAAUUGACUUCUAUUUUGUUAAAAUUAAUUCACCUCCUAAACUGGAUACAAUUCCGUAGUAAAUAUUUAGUACUAUCUCUCAAAAUGCUUCGUAGAUGUUAAUUGUUAAAAAAGGGUAUUCAUUAUUCAUAAAAUAGUUUUCAAACAUUAAUGUUUUGACUUUUGAGAAAAGUAAACGGGUAUGUAUAAAUAAAUUUAAUAAAGCAUGGUGGGAUAAGAAAAUGAAGAGAAAGAAAAUGAUGAGAAAAGAAAAUGGUAAGAAAAUGGGAGGAAAACAAUUGUUCUUUGGAUGACACGAAAAUGGUCAGAAUAGUGAAAGAAAAUAGUAUACUAUAAAUUAUCAUUGGUACCAUUUUCUUAUCUCCUCAAGUGAGAACUUUUUUCCCAAUUGAUUUCUCCCAUUUUCGUUCACAACCAUUCAACCAAACAUGAGAAAGUUUCUUAAAAUUUGUGUUCUCAUCAUUUCUUUUCUUUCUUAUCAUUUUCCCUACAUUCAAACAAUAGCUUUAAUGGUGUGUAAUGACUAUUAGUGGUGGUUCACUAUAAGUCUAAAUAGUAUAGAAGGGGUGUCUAUGAAGAUAGUUGAAUAUAAGGCAUCGCUAGCGUACAUGAAUUUACUGCAUAUAUUAUGGAAUUACAUGUUAUCCGAAAAAAAUAAUAUUGCUCACCACAUUUGAAAAUAUUCACUAACCUUGCCUACACCAAAUAUACAUGGGAUUUCGAAGUAAUUGGUUGAAUAAAUCUCUACAUUUUCAUUUUGGAUUUUGAGUUCCCAACACUUCCAUGGCUAGAUUUUCAUUCAUAGAUCAAUAUUAUGUUACACCCUAUUAAUAAAAUCCAUUUUUAUCUAAAUAAAAUGUAAAGUAGUUAAAGUUAGUAACUUAGAGACGUUAGUGUGGCACCAUUGGCCAAGCAAACAUCACAUUAGUAAUUACCCUUUUGGGGGGACAGCUUCAUAGGACACUUAGUGCAUAGAGUGUAGCACGAGAGUAACUUAAUUCAACAAACUAUUUUUUUAAGAAAUAGAAAGUUUAUAAGUAUAUAAUUUAUAAAGGAAAUGUUAAAGAGUUAAUAGUUAAAGAGUUGCCAAGAAAUGUUAUCAGUGCAAUUAUUGUAUCAGGAAAUAGUGCCAAUGAGAAAGUUAAAAUACCAAAAAUGAAUUUGUUUACCCUAAAGUUUUCCAAAAACUUUGGAUCUAAUUGAUACAUUUAUACAUUCUUUUCAAUUUUUAUAUCGCAUUAAAUUUAGUUAUCAUACUCUGUUUGUGUUGUAUCAUUCAUUAAAAUUCUAACAUUGUCUAUUAUAUUUAGCUUCAUUUUUUAAUUAUGUACUUAAAACAAACAUUUAAGAGUUAAAAAUAACAUGCGUUUGACCCCGUGCGUCGCACGGGUUAAAUACUACGGAGUAGUUAGAAAAAAUAAGGCCGUGGGAGAUAAGAAAUAUUGAGCAUCCUAAUCGGAUCAUAGACCAUACCAUAAUGUUGGGUUGCCCACUUGCCCGACUUUAUUCACUCUACGCCACUUCGAAUCUUUGACCUUCCCGGCUCCGUUUUCCGACUCUGGCUCCGACACACAAGCCAGGCAGCCCAACUGCCAGUGCGGCAGCGGCCUUUUUCAGGUGACGGUCUUCCCGGUCUCCGCCUCCUUUUCUUCUACUCCGGCAGUCCGCCUCUUCAUUCCUCAAAGUUCCCACUGCCCAGCGGCUAGAUUCGUCCUUCUUAAUCGAGGUUAAUUUUCAUCAUAAAACUUUAUGUGAACUUUUGAGGAAUGAAAGGUAAGUUCGGUUCAAGCAAAUUAGUACUUGUAACUAGGAAAUGUGUAUCAAAUUAGUCAUGUAUCUGAAAUUUUUCUACUAAAAUUUUUGUUAACACGUUAAUUGACAAAAAAAUUAAUACACAUGGUCAUUGCUCUUGCAUCAAUUAACGUGAUAACUCAGAAUUUUAGCAGAUAAAUUUGGUUUGAUUCACAUUUUCUAGAUAAAGGCACUAAUUUGACUCAAUUAAAUUUGCAGGGACCAAAUUGGCUCAUGGUUUCUCUCAUGGGGACCAAAAUGAGUAUUAACUAUUAACUAGGAAAUAUUUACUCGUAUCACCUUGGAGUUGGAGGAUUGGUGAGUAAGCCUUCAAGUAGCCAAGAAGAUUUUCUGUUCAAAAUCUGUACGAUUUUGCCAAUAAUAAAGGACCAAGUCAUGUGCUCUAUCUUUCAACUCUAAGAAACUUUUUUCAAUGUCCCCCUUUAUGCUCUGAAACAAAUGGCUUCAACACUGCACCAUAUAUAAGAAUAUAAUUGAUUUUCAAUUGAUCUCCAAAGAUUCAUGCUAUAUGUAAUCUUUAAUUUUAUGGGGCACUAUUUGGCGAGAGCCUAUAUGAGCUAGGUGCACCCGCCAAAUGUUCAUUUUGAAUCAACGUAGUGUUCAUUCUGAAGCAACAUAAUGUUCAUUUUCACACAUUUGUUCAUUACAAUUAUAAUAUUUAUUUACGAACAACGUAGUGUUCAUUCAAAGACUGUUUAGCAUAGUGUUCAUUAACGUAAUGUUCAUUUUCAAACGACAUAGUGUUCACUCUGAAAUAUUUUUAAAUACAUGGUUGCCAUGAUGUACGCUAUAGCAUAUAAUUUUCCCUAUUUUGCUUAAUGUUUGACAUGUUUCCCCUGGAUUCAAAUUUUCACUAAUGUUACCCCAUGACCUCAAGUUCCCGGCCAAUGUUCAUAUAUUUCAACAUGUUAUUGACUCAUUUGUGUUGUUUAUAUGGUUCAUCAGUUUUACUUUGUGCAGUGUAUCUCCUCUUUAUUACUCCCUCUGUUUGAAAAAAUAGUUGCGCCUUCAUUUUUGCACAUCUCACAAAAGACUUAUACUCCCGCCUAAAAUGUCUAAAGUACACCUCAUUUCUUCUUUAUUGCGGGUAGAAGUUAUUUUGGGGGUAUUUUACACCUUUUAGGUGGGGAAUAAGUGUUUUGUGGGAUGCGUAGAAAAUGUAGGUGGAAAUGUCUCUUUAGAAGUGCUUUAAAUGUUUGAAUUUGCAGGUUCGAGUAUGGUCGUGGCGAAGAGGUAUGUGUUGAGGUUGUUCAUAUCUUUGAAGUACAUAACUGCGAAUGUGGUAGACAGGAACAACGGUAGGGUGGUUGCAAUGGCAUCCAGCGUUGAACAAUCGCUGAAGAAGUCGUUUGAGUGUGGGAGGAGCUGCAACGCCAAGGCGGCUGCAGUUGUGGGAGAGGUGUUGGCGAGGCGGCUCAAGGUGGAGGGCAUUGAUCAAGGCGGCGGCGGUGGGGGAAGUGGAAUCCAUGUCAAUGUGAACAAGGAGCUUGAGAAGAAGGGUUUCAAGAACCACACCAAGAUCUGGGCUAUAGUCAAUGCCCUUAAGAACAAUGGAGUUAAACUUGUUUUGGAUGAUGCUGUUGAUCCCAAACCUUCUGGCCCCAGCCACUAAUCAUCUCUGUUCCCCCACCCCCCCCCCCCACCCAACAAAACAUACAAAAUAUGUUUCUUAUAUGUGAUGAUGCUUCCUAGAUUGAUGUACAGUAUGGUGGCCAGUUUAGGUGCUAUGAUUUUAUUUGUUUACAAAAAAAAAUUGUGUAAAAGUGUUCAACCGUGAGAAGCAAGUACUCCCCAUAAGUCAUUUGUUUUGCGGGAACAAGAUAAAAAAAAUUGAGCUUUGCACAAUAACUAAUUUAUUAUAAAAUGUGAAGAAAGAUUCUCUGGUGGCCUUUAAGCUUUGCAAUCCAGAAAAGGACUUACCCAAGAAACGGGUACUGUAAAA